GACAGCUCUUAAUUCCUACACUAGCUAUAUACUGCUUGGGCAGCGCAGUUUCAUUUCGUCGCGGCUGGACAUUUUUGCUUACUCCCUCUGUCUCGCCAUGGCCGACCCUCGCAUCAGACAGAUCAAAAUAAAAACAGGCGUAGUAAAACGCUUGGCAAAAGAAAAGGUUAUGUAUGAAAAAGAAGCAAGACAACAAGAAGAAAAGAUUGAAAAGAUGAAAGCUGAAGAUGGAGAGAACUAUGCAAUUAAAAAGCAGACUGAGAUCUUGCAAGAAUCUCGAAUGAUGAUUCCUGAUUGCCAACGGCGACUAGAAGCUGCACAUUCGGACCUUGUUCAACUAUUAGAAAAUGAAAAAGAGUUGGAGGAAACUGAAGAAUAUAAAGAUGCACAAGCAGUCCUGGGAUCGAUAAAAUUAGAAGCCUAGGCUAAUUUUUCACCAAGUAAUGGAUAUGCUUCACUGUUGCUACUUUUUAUAUUUUGGUUAUUGCUGUAUAUUUGUUCUAGUACUAAUAAGAAUGAUAGUGUACUAAAAUUGUAUUUUAUGCCAUUACAAAUUAUUUAGCAAUUAUUGAGGAAAGCAAUGUAUAACCAUACAAGGUAAAAAUAAAAACUUAAAUCAAAACAAAAGAGCAUUUUUC